AUGGGCAUCAGUCGAGAACGAGUCACGCCUGUCAAGGACAAUUGGAAAUGUGUCCUAAUCUGUCUGGCCGUGUCCCUGGCCAACUGCCAGUAUGGCUAUGACACGGCCAGCGUGGGAGGGUUCCAAGCCAUGAUCGGUUUCCUCGAGAUCUUUGGCUACCGCAACCCCAAGUCGGAGAUUGGAUGGAGCAUCAGCACACAGACUCAACAGCUGAUGACUUCGUUCAUCAACGUCGGCACCAUUGUCGGCGUUUUCGCCACGGCGCCCUUUGCACGGUACUUUGGCCGCCGACCGGGCAUCUGGGUGGCGAGCUUCAUCAACUUCGUCGCGGCGGGCGUCCAGGUCGGCACGACCUCGCUCGGGGGCCUGUACGCUGGCCGCAUCCUGAUCGGCCUGGCCAACGGGUACUUCAUCACCUUUGCCAACGUCUAUGUUGCGGAGGUGUCGCCCGCCCACCUCCGAGGCCUUUUGGUGUCUUUCUUCGGUGUCUGGGUCAACAUCGGCAGCGUCCUGGGCGCGGUGGCGGACAAUUACUCCAAGAAACACAUGGACAAGCUCUGCUAUCAGAUCCCUUUGGCGAGUUUGUUCGCCGUGCCGGCUCUCCUGAGUAUCUUCAUGUUCUUUGUGCCAGAAUCACCUCGCUGGCUCCUCGUUCAUAAUAGGCCCGAACAAGCCAAACGGGCACUCGAGAGGAUCCGAGGAAACUCCUUGGCCCCAGAGUACCUUCAGGAAGAAUUCGUCGAAAUGGCACGCGGAAUCGACGAAGAGAAGGAAUUGGCGUCGUCCUCGUCCGUGCUGGACAUCUUCAAAGGGACCGACCGUCGAAGGACCAUCAUUUGUCUGGGCACCAUUCUUUCCCACGCCGGAGCUGGGCUGUGGCUGAUUAUUGGAUACGGGACAUUCUUUUUCCAGAUCGCCGGCAUUGACAAGCCGUUUCAAGCUUCCAUCAUCUCGACGUGCGGCAGUUUCGCGGGCGUGUUGGUGGGAUUGUACUUCACUACAAAGGUCAUUGGACGGCGGACGUCGAUGCUCUUCGGUUCCGGGAUGGCGUCGCUCUGCAUGCUCGCCAUCGGCAUCGCGUACACUGUAGGUGGGACUUCGCACCCGGCGGGAACGGCAAUCGUCGCGUUCAUGGUGCUGUACGGCUUCUUUUACAAUGGCUUCUCGGGGACUCUGAGCUGGCCCGUGGCGACGGAGGUGGUCAGCUCGAGACUGCGCGUGUUGACGAUCGGCGUGUGUACCGGGGUGAAUUACUUCUUCAAUUGGCUCACCUCUUACACCGCGCCGUACUUUAUCAACCCGACGCAGCUGAAUUGGGGAGCCAAAUAUGCCUAUGUCUGGGCCGGCUCGAAUGCUUGUGUUUUCCUGUUCUUCUGGUUCAUGCUCCCGGAAAUGAAGAAUCGGUCGCUCGAGGAACUGGACGAGCUCUUCCAGAAUCGCGUCUCGGUGCGCGAUUUCAAAAAGUAUCAGUGCAUCAGCUCGGAACGGGCCAAGGAACUUGCGCACACGGACAUCAUUGGGGACAGCAAGAGGGCUGGAUCGGCGGCGGUGGAGACCGUCGAAGAUACUGAUGCCGCUGAUAAGGUCUGA